CCUCACUCCAAGUAUAUACCAUGCUACUGCUGAUGCUCGUAACAGCCUCUUAUCCAAAAACCACGCGCUUCAUUGCACGUCAAAUUCCCUCCAUACAUUUCCUUUCAUCACAACCGUCGAUCACAUUUCUAACCCAUUCAAUCAACGGCAAAAAGCGUCUCUAACCAAUCAUCACGAGACAUGCGUGUAAAUAUGGGACCACAUAUAUAUAACCGCCAUGCUUCUUCAGUAACCGUAAUUCCAGAGUAGUUGGGAACUUUGCGAAACGCGAUCCAUUAAGAUGAAGCAUUCAGCAUUGUGCUAUGUGGUUCGACGAGCUCUGAUCAAUGGCCGGAACCGUAACCGUCACGGUUCGGCGGUUGUGAGGCCAUUCGUGGCAGCGGAAAUGAGACAGAUGAACUCCUGUGCCGUCGGUGGAAACGGAGGUUUCUUUUAUUGGAAGAGGAUGAUGGCUUCGCAAGCGUCGGUGCCGCCGACAGGAGAGGCGGAGGCGAAGUCGACGGGGAAGGAGAAGAGUGAGAAGGAGGAGAGUUCCCGAACGAAGAAUAACAAGGUGGUGUCCAGUUAUUGGGGGAUUUCGAGGCCGAAGAUUACGAGAGAGGAUGGAACAGAGUGGCCUUGGAACUGCUUCAUGCCAUGGGAGACUUAUGAAUCAAACCUGUCCAUUGAUCUGAAUAAGCAUCAUGUGCCAAAAAAUUUCCUGGAUAAAGUCGCUUACCGGACAGUGAAGCUCCUCAGAAUUCCCACAGAUUUGUUUUUUAAGAGGCAAUACGGUUGUCGUGCAAUGAUGCUUGAAACAGUUGCAGCUGUCCCUGGAAUGGUUGGAGGGAUGCUGUUGCACCUCAGAUCACUCCGUAAAUUUCAGCAUAGUGGUGGUUGGAUCAAAGCAUUGCUUGAAGAAGCAGAGAACGAGAGGAUGCACCUAAUGACUAUGGUAGAACUUGUGAAGCCAAAGUGGUAUGAAAGACUGCUGGUUCUUGCUGUACAGGGAGUUUUCUUCAAUGCAUUCUUUGUGGUUUACAUACUCUCCCCUAAGCUGGCUCAUAGAGUUGUUGGGUACCUUGAGGAGGAAGCUAUACAUUCCUACACCGAGUAUUUAAAAGACAUUAAUAGCGGUGCAGUUGAAAAUGUUCCGGCUCCUGCCAUUGCAAUUGACUAUUGGAGGCUUCCCAAGGAUGCCAAAUUGAAAGACGUUAUAACAGUCAUUCGUGCCGAUGAGGCUCACCAUCGAGAUGUUAACCAUUUUGCUUCGGAUAUCCACUUCCACGGUAAAGAACUGCGAGAUGCACCGGCUCCUCUUGGUUAUCAUUAGAGGGUUUACUGUUACGAGUAUAAAAUUUCUCCUUUAGUUUUACAAAACCUAUAAGCACUCCUUCAAGAAAAAGGGAAAAAAAAAACUUCACAGCACUAGUGUUUGGAAUAUAUAGAAUUCCUAUACUUCAACAUGUGUUUUGGAAGACAGUUAUACUUCAUAUACAGUUAUACUUCAUGUAACCAACUUGUUUCCACUCCCUUUCUUUAUAGAAUAAACCUUCUACUC